GAGCGGACCUUUCCUUUCCCACUUGUUUACUUAUUCGUUUAUUAUAUUAUUUUAUCUUAAGGGUGCCACGUGCAGCUACAAUUCCUCGUUAUUGCCGCUACUUGGACGAUUCUUUGAAGUUCAGUUUUCGUAAUUUUUUUGAGAAUUUAACACCGGACAACCGGAGUGGGAGGGGCGAAAAUAGUACACCGGCACAUGCGCGCAUAUACAACAACAUCAUAUAUAUAGGUAUAAGAAGUUGUUGUCUUGUUGUUGGCCACUUGUACACUUCAAUCCCAGCUUCGUUUCGUCGCACCGGCCACGGUCUACUCUUUUUCUUUAUUUCUCUCCUGCAAAUUUUCUAACCGACAAUCGUUAAAUUCAGUAAGUAAGGCCAGUAGAGAGAAGAAUUUAGUGCUAAUAGUGGCUACUCGCAAUGCGCAACCUACGCGCUGAUACUCUUUCCGGUGUACUCUACUAAGUAAGUACUUGUAAAUUUUACUGCAAGCUUGGUUGUUCGCUGUUAAGUGCUCGCCCGUUCAUCUGACUUUUGGAAGUUUGCUGCUGCCAAGGUGCCUUAACCUACACCAUGUCGCCGAGGAGAACCAGAAGAGGUACUAUAAGGGAAAGCAUCAGUGAAGUUGAUAGUAGCAUGAGGUCUGCUCCCAAAUCAGCAAAGAAAACUCGUCAAACGAGGAAAAGCCAAAAUACUAAAAACUCUGAAGAAGACAGUGAUGGCCCUGUAGAACAGUCCAAUAAUUCUAUUGCUAGUUCUCAAGUUACAAGGAGCACGAGGAAGCGUAAACAAGAAAACAAAGACCAGACUUUGAAUGAAUCUAUUGAUACUCGCUCUACAAGAAGUGUUUCAAAAGCUACUAAAUCUAAAAGAAAGACAAGAGUUGCAAAGCAACAGGUAUCAGAGGCAAGUUCUAUCUUUAGCGAGGAUGAAGGUUUCAAUGCAAAAAACGAAUCAAAGUCUAUAAAUAAGUCUGUUGCCAAGAAAUCUUCAGCACCAAAUAACAAAGAUUCUGGUAAUAUUACCCCUGAAAGCAGUAGCCCGGUUGUUGCACCCCCUAUUCCGCAUCGCUCAACCAAGACUCCUAAAAAGUCACCAAGUAAUUUGGGAUCACCGAAAACUCAUUCCAAAACCACUCUCAGGUCUUUUAAAGUGCCGAGAAAGUUAUCCGUGGACUCCUUACCUUCUUCAGAACAGUCUAAUAAUGAUUCGUUAUUGCAGCAAACUAGUUUUUCUGGUGCUGAUAAAUCUAUUGACAAGAGCAACAAUAGUUCUACACUCAAAGUCUUGUCUACCGGGAAAAAAACUAACUCUCCUUUGAAAACAAAGUCAGGGUUGUCAAAAUCCUUGAAAAGUAAAGUAAAAAGUCCAAAACCAAAGACUCCCGUGCUGGUAAAAAAAUCGCCAUCUUCUAGAACUUCUUUGGUAAUGGAGAAAUCGUUAAAAGUAAAUCUAUCUAAUUCGCUCGGGCUAAAGACCUCUCUUUUAAAUGAUUCAUCAUUCAAAUUGGAAAAAACUCAUCAAUCUGCAUUACAAGAAUCUACCAAGGCAUCACCAAAAAAAGAUACAUUAAAAAAUAAAUCUCGAGACUCGUCAAAACAAUCACCAGUUAAGACUUCGCGUGCAUCUUUGGUUGGUGCAAAAAAAUCACCAAAGGUAGUGUUAUCCCAGAUGGAACGAAAAAUAACGCCAAAACCGCAUCGGUCAUAUUCAUCAUCAUUAGGACAGUCCAAAUUGCUUAGUACAUCUUUGAAAUCUAAAAAAUCACCAAAAUUCGUUUCAUCUUUUACUCCUGGAAAAACACCGAAAAUAGCUUUAUCUAUAAAGUCAUCAAUAACUCAGAAACAAAAAAAAAUCUCACCUUUAAAAGAAAAAUCUCCCGAAAAAAAACCAAUUAAACAAUCUAUAGACCAAAUAAAUGUACCAUUAGAUGCCUCAAUGAGUCCAAAAGUGAUGUUGAAUAAACUUUCUACUUCAGAAUGUAAUUCUAAAUCCCCAAAAUCAAAAAGGCCAUCACUCAUUACUAAAAUUCGAACUUCUGUUCCAAAGCCUUUUGGUACUGCUUCCAGAAAAUCUAGCAAGCCAAUUGUUUACACACCUGUUGCAUUUGGUAAGAGGCUUUCCCAAAUGAAACCGUUAACUUCUUCAACUCCAAGAGAAAAAGUUAAGCCAAAAAAAUCGGUUAUAUCAUCAACUGUGAAGUCUAAAAUUACUAAGAAGUUAAGUAAUCGGACUAAUUCAAAAGUAGGUGAUAAAUUGCUAGAUGAUGAAUCUGAGCCUUCUAUGGAUGAAAGUUCUUUGGUACAUUUGAGUGAUGUUUAUGGUACUGAUGAUUCAGGGAACGAAAUAAGUUUUGGAGGAAAUAAUUCAAAUGCCGUGAUUAAUAGUGAGGCUAAAAGGCGAUCAAAAGGCUCCCCAAAAAACAGUAAAAAUGGUACGAUUGUAAACAAAAGUAGCUCGAUUUCCCUGUCUAAGGAUGAAACUAACAAAAAUAACACGUAUGAAGUAGAAAAUCCAAAAACUCCGAAAUUUCAAAAUAAGAUCGAUAAGAAAAAAGCUGUUGAAGCUGAUAAAAGUAUAGUUCAAGGACGUGUAAUGAAAAGAAGUUGCAAAGUACAAUUUGCUUCUCCUGUGCCAAAAACAAGAGGAAGCUCUUUAGGUAUUAGUAGAGUAGGGACACCUGGACAUGCGAUCCGAAAAAAUAAGACAUCGCUAUUGGCGCAUAGAACGUCUCUUAUUAAACAGUCACCUGCUAAUAAGGAAGAUGGUAAAAAUAGAACAAGUCAAGUGAUCAUAAGACGAUUGAAGAAUAUAGAAAAUACUUCAUCAAACAAAACUCCAGGGAACACUCCAUUAAACAAAAAUCCGGGAAACACUCCAUUAAACAAAAAUCCAGCAAAUACUCCUUUAAACAAAAAAUUAGUAGAUUCUGCAUCUGGUAAUUCAACAUUGAAAUCUAAUAAAAAGUCCCUACCUGCUUCAGCACAUCUUAGUAAAUCAAAACCAUUCGUCAGACUGGAAAAAAAAACAGUUACAGAAACAAAAACGCCUGCUAGAAAGAUUCCUAACUUUGGUGAUAUUCAUAAAAAAACCUUUGCUAAGAUGGAAUCUUUAGUUGAUAUGAAGAAACGUGUCGAGGAACGCCAUAUGACUUUAAAUGCUCCAACUUCUAGUACCAAAAAAGUGCCUCUCUCAAGAAGGCUAAGCAAGGCAGAUGUAGUAGAUCCAUCCAAUGGUACUCAUAACAGAUUUGGAUGGCCAGUCCGCAAGAGUGGGGCUAUUGAUAUAAUUAAUAAAAAAGCUAAAGGAAAUGUGGAGUCCAGUGACAAAAGAAGAGAAAAGACAAGGACAACUGUGAAAGGUGUGCGCAUGAAUAGACGAUUCGAGCUGCAAAUGAAGUCGCGCAUGAAAAACUCGUAACCAGAACUAUAUGUUACUGAUUGUUUAAGAACUACGUUUACAGUGUAAAUAUAAAUAACUAUUUACGGUGUUUUCUACUGCUAAAUUAAAUUAAUGUUUAAGAUUUUUGACUUAAGAGGAACAUUAAAAAUGACAGCUUCUUCUGCAAACAUAAUUUGUCCUAUUAAGUUUUAUUUUUAAGUUUAAAUACAUUUAAUUUUUAACCCAUCAUAAAA